AUGGCACACUCGCGACCCUUGACAGGCGACACGUUCAUCGACGAGAAGACACCGGUAUCGCCCACAAACACAGAUCUAAGCACUCUGCAAGGCGAUGCCAUCAUCGAGAUCGGAGAAGAUGACGUUUCGAACGUAGGGCAUCAUCUGGAUGCCAGUCCCGUAGUCAAUGUUGAGGAUGCACAGCCUGCAGGAGAUGAAAAGCGACCCGGCUUUUUGCGACGAGUGACCGGCUCAUUCAAGAUCAAACCAGAACCCUUCCAUGUAACGGAGACAAAAACAAGAACCCUGGAGAACAAUCCAAACGGAUACCCACGUCUUGCGACCUUUCAAGCCAGUGAUGCAAACUUCGGACUAUACAGGUCUUAUGGCUACUUACACUCGCGUAUCCUUCUUGACUACCAAGACGAGAUCACUGAGCUUGAGAAGGAGCUUGAUAAUUGUGAUUGGGAUGACUAUGAUGAGGAUUCAGAUCUCCCGAAGCGCCGCUGUGCAGGCCCUGAUGACGAAGGAGGUGACCGGACACGCAGAACAGUCCUUCGCGAGAUCAAAACGAAAUUGAUGGAAUACGACGAGGUUCUUCUAAACGUCCGGAGAUUGGAAUCCUUCCAAAAGCCAUCAGAUCGUGACUACCGCAGCGUUCGCCGUUAUUACAACAACACCAAGCCACUCAUGGAUGGCGAAAUGGAUUCAAUCCGCUGUAAAGAAGACAUUGUAUCGAUCAGUAAUGGCCGCGAGCGAGCAGCUUUCGAUGGCGGCGUUGAGACGUUGAUUGGCCAAGUCGAUGGCACUCUUCAAAAGUGGUUCAAUCUCAAGCAGCCACCGCUUUUGAGAUACUUCCGUACCCCCGAGCUUGCAGCGAAGACCAAGAACACAGACGUCUCCUUGUACAGUGCUACCCGGAUCGACAAAAUGGUCAACAUCUUCAUCACCUUCGUCAUCUUUGUUUUAUUAGUUGUACCAAUUGUUACUAUGUACAAGUUGACAAGUACCAUCGACAUAGACGGCGCCUCACCAGCCGUCACAUCUCAAAACACAUUCAACGCUGUCGGUGUACUGAUUGUCUUCACGCUCUUAUUCAGUGCAGCACUUUCAGUUCUGACCAAAGCCGCAAGACACGAAAUGUUCGCGGCCUCUGCAGCGUAUUGUGCUAUUUUAGUGGUUUUCAUCGGUAAUUUUACUGGGCCAAAUAACUAG